AUGAUGCCUACUUCAGAUUUUGAACUUUCUAAUUAAUAAUUUUAUUCAUUUAAACUGGAGCGCUUAGAAAAAUCUGUGCCCAUCUCAGCUUCAUGCAUGUAAAAAUGAUUAAUUUAAAGAACAUUGGCAACCAGCUUUUUUGGAUUUUUGCGCGUGUUUCUAGUUUUCAAAUAUUACGUGAUUUCUCUAUUACAGUCAUGAAGCGAAAUAGGUCUGGCCAAUUAUUCUGCAGUGUUUGAUAUUUCUAAUAAUAAACGUGAAAGCAUGAAUUCAAUUAGAGUUUAUAAUAUUUUUUUAAUUUAAUUCCUGAAUUUGGGAGUUUGGCAUCACGUGCGUGAAAACAAUAGUAAUCAUAGUGUCAUUUAUUACAAGUUUUUUCUAUCAUAAAAAGUUUGUCAAAUAGCUUCCAAUUCUUGUGGAAAUUCAAUGCAGUAUUUGUGCGUGAGAAGUGUUUCUUUGUAAAUAGCUUUAAAACGUAUUAAAAGGAUGAAGUACGAAAACUAAGUAUUGUGAUUCUGAAGUAAUCAUCUGCUUGGCAGUCUGCAAGAUUUCCAUCUUGUGAAUACUUCAAAACUAGGUACUAAUUUCGAUGAUUUAUUGCAUUUAGUGUCUUAGUAACAAUAAUUAUUGCACUGCAUGAAAGUUUUAAUAUUUAAGUCCAAAUUAUUACAAUUUGACGAAUGAUAUAGUCAUGAAAACUCUAAAAAGUACUUUUUAUUGUGCACUAGAGAGUAUUCCUCACUAAGUUUUAUUGUCUUAUCUAGUUUAUUUUUCUAUUGCUGCCAUUUAUUCUCAUGCUGGACAUUUCGAACUUAAAAAUGGCUGAUUCAAAUACCACCAAAAGGCGUAUAUCAGAUAGAGCACUGAAACGAAAAUAUGCUGCUGAUGAAUGUGUUACAGAAGAUAAAAAGGUGCGAGGUUGUGAAAAAGCAGGAUGUCCUUGUGCAGCACCAACAUGUUGUCUUCAAGCAUGUGAAAAUUGUGUUGUGUCUGGAUAUACUUCACGUUGGUAUCAUAUGUCCAUAGGAGAACAUUUUUGUAAUAAUUGUUUUGACAAUUUUUAUAGGUCUGGCAAAAGUGGCAAUUUGCAGUUUAGUAAUUGGUCUUAUGAAUGGGGACAUACUGCACGAGGUAGCAAACCUAAUAUUAAGCGCUUUGUUGCAAAUGAAUUACUGCCUUAUUGGAUUAAAUGUACAAAUUCUGAUUGCGGGAAAUGGAGAAUAGUUCGAGACUCGGAACUUCUUGAUUCAAAAUUUAUAGGUAAUUUUAAGUGUCCAGAUGUUGAUGGAUUGACAGGGUGUGACGUUCCUGAAGAUGAACAAGUAUUGCAUGUUUUUGAUCCCAUUUGGAUGAGGCUAUUAGCUGAAAAACCUCUCUUAAAAAAUUCACCAGCAGCACCUUUCUUGAAACGUUUUAUUUCAGAAGAUAUUGGCCUAUGUCCCACAAACGAUUGUAUUUCUAUAUUUAAAAGUAUCAUUCAUAUUGAACCAUUUCUUAUAGGUCAGUGUGGAGAAUCUCCUGUGUGGGUUAAACCAGAUGAAACAAAUGAAGAUGAGAGAAAACUUAUAAUUAAACUUUCAAUUAGUACAGCUACUUACUUGGGUAUUCGAAAUCUUAUAGUUGCAGUGUGGAAUUUGUCACCUACAGAAUGGUUAACUAUUGAAAAAGUGAAUUUGUAUUUACUUUGUAGAGGACUUGUCAGAAUCUAUCUUCUUAAUAUUACAAGUAAUAUUCUACAACAUUUAACAGCAAAAGCUGUUAUAAAUUAUGGUAUCAUCCAUAACCCAUUAGCAUAUAAUAUUAGAAAUCCAGUACCAUUAACUCUUGUUAUUGGAGCUGGUAUAGCAGGUUUAGCAGCUGCUAAGCAUCUACAGAAUUUGGGUAUGGAUGUUAUAGUGCUGGAAGCUAGAUCACAUUUUGGAGGCAGGAUUUGUGAUGAUCCACUUUUAGGAUGUGGUGCAUUUUUUGUGGAAGGUCUCACAAAUAACCCUUUAACUGUAUUAGCAAUUCAAGCCGAUGAAGAAUUUCAAGAAUUAAAGCAAGAAUGUGUUAUUUUUGCAUCAGAUGGCAAACAACUGCCUGAAACCAUUAAUAAUAAAAUACACUGUGAAUUACGUGGUCUCAUUCAUGGGGCAAUAGAAAGUGCAGGUCAAAGUUUUAAAGACUCCAACUGGUAUGAUACAAUUUUCAACAAUUAUGAUGAGUUGAAGAAAAUGUCGCAGAAUACUAACAAUGCUGAUGUUUUUAAUUUGUGUUUGGAGAAAAGUGAAAUUGAUGUGAAAGGUAAUUUAAAAGAUAUGUCUUUGUUAAACUGGGAAUUUCCCAUUUCUUUAAAAGGAAUAGAUGGAUUUUUACCAUGUGGUUUAAAUGCACUAUUAAAGAAAUUGGCCAGUAAUCUUAAAAUAUGCUAUGAUACUGAGGUCACGGCGAUAGAUUAUAGUACUGAUCAAGUUAAAGUAAUUACAGCUAAGAGAGAAUAUAUUGCCUCAUGGGUGUUGGUAACUGUGCCCAUUUCGGUUUUACGUAAUGAAUACAUUAGGUUUUACCCCGAGUUGCCAGAUUUACAUCAUAAAGCACUUGAAGAACUGGGUGACUGUUAUUGUGAAAAAUUAAUUUUAGAAUUUCCUAAAAAGUUCUGGUACAAAAAACUGAAAAAGACUUAUAAGAAAUUUGCUGUUGUAUCCUCACCUCAAGUGUUUCAUUUGUUUGUUGAUGUUUCUUCAGAUGAAAAGAAUUAUGUUCCACGACUAAUGGCUUUUAUUGUUCAGAAAUCUAAGGAACUGGUUAUUAAUCUCAAAGAAGAAGAAAUCAUUGAUAAAUGCAUGUCAGUUUUAAAAAGUGUAUUUUCUGAUAAUAGUGAAUUGCCACAGCCCACUAGAUAUUUCUUAACAAACUGGAAAGAAGAAAAAUAUGGUGGAUCUUAUGGCAAUUACUUAAAAGUUGGUAGUUCAGAAAAUGCAUUUGAUUAUCUUACAAAAUCUUUAGAUGAAAAAGUUUACUUUGCAGGUAGUGUAACAUGUAGGAAUAUUCCAAAUACUGUCACUGGAGCAUAUUUAAGUGGUUUGAGAGAAGCAUCUAAAAUUGCUGAACAUUUCAAUGCAUCAUGAAAUCUUACUUUCAUGUAUUUUUGUGUAUGUUUUAGUGAGAAACGUCUAUGUAGACAAGUAUAUAAGACUUGUAAAUGGGCAGUUCUUUUUUGUAUAUAUGUGUAUGUAUUUCGGGUUAAAUGUGAAACUCUCAAUUUUUGAACUCAGGACUUUUCUUUCAUUUAUUAAGAUUUAAAAUCUGUAUUAGACAUGCCAAAACUCGUAUCUAAUUUUUGGAAUUGAACCGUUUUUCUUUAGCAAAAACGUACCUUUGAUUUGCAGUGUACGAGUUCCUAUUCUCCCUCCUCUUAUAUGAGCAUUUUUGAUGACAGAGUCUUGUCCAAUAAAUAUGUGUGUCUUUUUGAUUGAUAAGAUUUUCCAGAUAUACUGAUGUGCAUUAAAUUUACAGACAUAAGCAUUAAAAUAUAUAUCUUUUUUUGUAACUGAAAUGCAUAAAAGAAGUCGGCUAAUCUCUGGAAUAUGGUAACAUGUAGUUUGGCGACAUUUUGGUAAGGCGAUAAAGGUUACUAGCUAGGACUUUAGUAGUGUACAUGGAUAAAGUCAAGAGUGUGCGCAAUGCCAUUUUUGCGCAAU